UUAGAACACGAGCUCAAACUAUGGAAAGUGAGGUCUCCCCAAACUCUGUGGACUAGUCGCUCCGAUGAGGAAUUGCUCCGGCGUGAUCCUCAUCCUCUCCCUUGCCGCCCUGCUCUUCCUCCUCUCGCCGUCCCCCCUCACCACCCACCAGCCUGCCACCUACCCCGCCGGCUCAGUUGCCGACCUCCUGCCCUCCCUCCCCGGGCUCUCGGGCCUUUACCCGGCGCCCGCCAACUCCACCGCGCACCUCUCCUGGCACCUCCUCCGCCCCAUCCUUUCCCGCUCCGAUGCGAUCCCAGGCACCGCCGCGGGCGUCCUCGAGGCGGCCGCCGCCUGGCGCAACCUCACCGCCGCCGUCGCGGCGGCGGCAGCCGGCAGCAACCAAGAGACCCGCAACGCGAGCUGCCGGGCGUCCGUGGGCGGGGAUCUGCGCGCCCGCGGGGUCAAGAUCCCGUGCGGGCUCGCGGAGGGCGCCGCGGUGACGGUGGUGGCGGUGCCCAAGCAAGGAGCGGCCAGGUUCCAGGCGGAGUUGGUGGGAGGAGGCGGCGAGGUGGUGGCGUGCUUCAAUGUGAGUCUGGGGCCUUCUGGGAUGGUGGUGGAGCAGAGUUCUUGGACUCGCGAGGACGGCUGGGGGGAGUGGGAGCGCUGCCCGCCGCUUGGUCACAUCGGCAGCAAUAGCAGUUGGCAACUAAGUCCGGUCGAUGCCCUUGUUCGUUGCAAUCAGCAAGUAAGUGUGAAUAACAUUCAGGGGAGUAGCAACACCACACAGAAUGUUAGUGCGAACCAGCCUGAAGAUGAAAAGAGGCUCAAAGGACGUGCACAUUUCAGUGGCAGUACUGCAAUUGUCGAAGGAGAGCCUUUUACAGCAACACUGUGGGCUGGUGCUGAAGGGUUCCAUUUGACAGUAAAUGGGAGGCACGAGACAUCAUUUGCAUACAGAGAGAGGUUGGAGCCAUGGUCAGUAGCAGACGUCAGGCUCUCUGGGGAUUUGGAGCUCCUAUCAAUCUUGGCUAAUGGAUUGCCAGUUUCAGAAGAUGUAGACAUGGCAAGUGUUGAGCUUCUGAAGGCCCCACCUGUUCCAAAGAAGCGAAUUUUUCUUCUCGUUGGUGUUUUCUCUACUGGAAACAACUUCAAGCGCCGGAUGGCUUUGAGGCGAACAUGGAUGCAAUAUGAGUCUGUCCGCUCAGGCGAAGUAGCUGUGCGGUUUUUCACUGGCCUUCAUAAGAGUGAGCAGGUCAAUAUGGAAUUAUGGAGAGAAGCUCAGCUGUAUGGUGAUAUCCAGUUUAUGCCAUUUGUUGACUACUAUACCUUGAUCACUCUAAAGACUGUUGCAAUUUGUACGUUUGGGACCAAAAUUAUGCCUGCAAAGUACAUCAUGAAAACAGAUGAUGAUGCUUUUGUUAGGAUUGAUGAAGUCAUCUCUAGCCUGAAGAAGGCCAACCCCCAUGGUCUUUUGUAUGGUCUUAUGUCUUUCCAGUCUUCACCACACAGAGACAAGGAUAGCAAGUGGUUUAUCAGUCCAAAGGAAUGGCCUGUUGAAACAUAUCCGCCGUGGGCUCAUGGUCCCGGAUACAUAAUUUCAAGGGAUGUUGCUAAAUUUGUGGUUCAAGGUCACCAAGAACGAAAACUUCAGCUAUUUAGACUUGAAGAUGUGGCCAUGGGAAUAUGGAUCCAGCAAUACAAAGACAGUGGUCAGCAAGUGAACUAUGCCAAUGAUGAGCGCUUCUACAACGAAGGAUGCGACUCUGAUUACGUCCUUGCCCACUAUCAAAGCCCGAGGCUCAUGAUGUGCUUGUGGGAGAAGCUCCAGAAGGAAUCUCAAGCGGUAUGCUGCGAAUAACUAUGAAUCAGCGUCAGCAAGGGGCCGUGCAAGGACGUGGUAGAUUAGUUAGUGUUGUUGUUGUUGCUGUUGUUGUUGUUGCUGGUGGUGGUGAUGUUGUCGGUGGUGGUGUGCAUCCAGCAUUUUUACUUGGGUGGGAAGUUUGUGUGUAACGGUUGUAACAACCGGCGAUCAUCGUUCUUUUGUUCCGAUCAACGGCUUCGUUUCACGGAAGAGUGUGUCGAUCCAUGUAAAAUAUGGAUGUUGUUCUUAAAUGAGACUUUGAAACAUAUUGCUAAUUAGCGAUCUUGAGCUUUUCA